UAGCCGGUCGUUCUGAGCAGGAAAUAGUGUCCGGGUGCUUCAAACUUGUUACGGUUAAAUAUAUAUUUUAUUGUAUGAUCAGUGUUAAAUAUACAUGAUUAUAUAGGGUAGUUUAGAUAAUGAUAAUGGGACAUCCAGGGUCCGGGAACCGAUCCGCCUUAGUUGCGCGUUUCUUUACUUUUUCUCUUUUACUUUGUAAAACAUUUCUCAUCUCGGCGCUGAAUUUCAAUUCAGUUAAUGUAGAUGUGGAUCUCUUUCGUGUGGCCCGAAAAGUGGAUAAAAGGUUUUUGUCUGUGACUAUAGAUGCGAGUUUGAUGGCGGAGGAGAAGUUCAUGUAUCUUCUGGGGUCUCCAAAACUGAGGACCCUUGCCAAAGCUUUGACGCCUGCAUUUUUACGCUUUGGAGGAACUCAACAAGAUUUUAUGAAGUUUAUACCACCGAGUGAAUUUUAUAUACCAAAAGCUACAGUGGAGAUUCUCGUUCUCAUUCAGCUGCCACCAGUGCUGGAGGAAAAGCUGAAGCGAGACUGGGCGUUACAGGCAUUAUUCUUACGCCAGGAGGAUGUGCAGAGAAAAUACAAGCAAGUAAAGUUUUCUGGGCAUGCAGUGGAUCUGCUUUACUCGUUUGUAAAUUGCUCGGGGUUGGAGUUGAUCUUCGGAUUAAAUGCACUACUACGAACUCCUGAAAAUGUCUGGGAGAGUCAGAAUGCUGAGCUGCUGCUGAAUUACUGCGAGCGACGAAAAUAUAUUAUGUCCUGGGAGCUGGGCAAUGAACCCAACAGUUACGAGAAGAAAGCUGCGAUCAGGCUAACCGGUUCCCAGUUGGGAGAGGAUUUCCUCUAUCUGCGUAACAUCCUGCAGAAAUCAGCACUGUACAAUUCCUCGGGUCUGUACGGACCAGAUGUCAGUCAGCCACGAGACCAUCGCAAAGACCUCCUUACUGGAUUUUUGGAGAGUGGAGCUAAGGCCAUUGAUGCAUGUACCUGGCACCACUAUUAUGUCAAUGGCAGAGAUGCAUCUUUGGAUGAUUUCCUCAAUCCCAAAGUGCUCGAUAUGCUGGCUGUUAAAACAGACAAGGUCCUCAAGAUUGUUCAUUCUCUGUCUCCUGGAAAAAAAGUGUGGCUUGGAGAAACAAGCUCGGCAUAUGGUGGAGGUGCAGCUGGUCUCUCUGACUCUUUUGUUGCUGGUUUUAUGUGGUUGGAUAAACUCGGUCUCUCAGCUAAGCUGGGGUUGGACGUGGUCAUGAGACAGGUGUUAAUUGGCUCUGGGACGUACCACCUUGUGGAUAAUAAUCUUGAGCCACUUCCGGAUUAUUGGCUUUCGCUUUUGUAUAAAAGACUCGUAGGACCUGAAGUGCUGAAAAUACAGGUUCUGCCAAGUUCAACAAAUAAGCAACUUUUACGGGUGUAUCUUCAUUGCACCAACAAAGAAAGUUCCAGUUACAGAAAAGGUGCGGUCACUUUGUUCGCCUUAAACCUGAGCAAAAAGCAAAUGGUUAUCAAGCUGCCGGCACUAAUCUCCAACAGCACAGUGGAAGUAUUUGUGCUUCAGUCAGCUGAGGCAGGCAUAGAUGGCCUCCGCUCCAGGUCUGUCAGGAUGAACGGUGAUGUGCUGAAGAUGGUAGAUGAAAGAACUCUUCCACCACUGCAGGGAGUUGAACUUCCUCCUGUGGAACAUCUCAACCUUCCAGCUCUAUCCUUUGCAUUUUACGUGCUGAAACAAGCUGCUUCUCCUGUGUGCUGAGGAUUUUAUUCUGAAAGUUUACUGAAAAUUUUGACUUGAAUCUAAAAAUUGCACUGGUAAUAUUUAUUUAUUUUGAUUUAUAUGUUACCUUGAUAUAUAUAUACAAACAAGGUAGCAUCAGCAGAAUACAGAACAUCAUGCAAGUUCUGCUAAUACUCAAAUAUCAGAUUGGAGGAAAACAUGACCUAAGUGACUGUUGACUGUGGCGUGUUUUUUAUGCCAGUAGGAUUGUUUCUUCUGAGAUUAUCACGCACUGCUGAUUCUUAGUUACACCUCAAAUAAUUAUUUUUGAUACAAGUGAAAGUGAAGCUGCUUUUUUGCUCUGUCUUGUGCAAUAUUAAUGAUUUUUUUUAAUUGUGUUGAUGUCAAAAUGAGCCCAGAUGGAAUUCUAUUUUACUUACCAAAUUACAAGGAUUUAUUAUACUAUUAAAUGAAAUAUUUUGCAUCAAAAUCA